AUGAGCAAAUCAUAACCCAUAUUUAUAUACGGAAUUACCAUCAAAGACGAUAGGGGGAAGUUGAAGAACUGCUAAUUGUGUGGAGCAAAGUUCACUAUGUCAGUUAAAGAACAUUAAUGUAAGAGAUGUAAAAGAGCUGUAUGUGAUAAAUGUGCUCCAAACAAAGCUUAAGUCUAGAAGGCAGAUGGUCUGUCUAAGAAAACUCAUCGUCUAUGUAACUUUUGUAAAGACGAAAGUGAUUCACUUAAGAGAUUCUUGGAACAAUACAAAAUAAGUUUUAACAAAGAUUCAUUUUCACAAUAAUGGUUAUAAUCAUUUGGAACUGAUACUACAAAAGCCAAAAAUGAUUUCUUCAAUGCAUUAGAUGAUGCAAAGUUAUCCAAAGAUACUAAUGCUUAUGAUAUCUUCAAAGCAAAGUUAGAAGUAGUGAUAAAUGAUAUCGAUGGAUUUGUAAACUAUUCCAUCAAAGACUUUAUGGUAGCUGCUCUAAAAAAUGUGGAAUCAUUUCGUCAAAAAGAAGUAGUCAAAACUUCCAUUUUGAGAGUUGCUGGCACACUUCUACUAUUGUAUCCUCAAAUUGGAUAUUCGCAUGAAAUAGUACUCAUUACCUAUUUUCUCCUUUGCUUUGCAUCUGAAGCUUCUGCUUAUAUACUCCUAACUGCAAUAUAUGCCCAUAUACUCCCAUCGCAAUUGUACCCAAAGGCUAACACUAAAUAUGAUUUAGCUAAUGAAAACUCCAUUGUAGUUGGUGUUUUAAAGGACGCUCUUCAAGUAGAUUUAAAUGACAUGAGCGUGAUUAAGAGUUUCCUCUCAUAGAAGCUCAGAUAGUACUUAGUUACAUUUAGCAUUAAUCUCUUUUUAUUUGAAACGACCUUUUUCAUAAUAAGUUCUGUAUUAAUGUCUGGUUCAAAUGGAUAUAUGGAUUUACUGGCUCAGAUGGCUGUUUUAUGUCAAUUAUCUAAUCAGGAAAUGUAGAAGAACAAAUUCAACCAUGAAGAAACAGAAUUAUUCAUGCUUAGAUCACUUAGAACUAAUCAAUUAAGUGUACUUUAUAAAUAAACUCAAAAUUGUGAUUUUGAAAGUUACAAGAAAGUUUAUAUCACAACUAGAUCAGAUUCAAUCAAAGUGGAUAAUUUGAAUUUGAGUGCUCGACAAUCAAUGAUAAAACCAGAUAUGUAGAAAGUAAGUGAAAUUAAUUAAAAGCUCUAAGAACAAGUUGAUAAAAGGGAUUUAGAAAAUAAAAAGUUGAAUGAGGAGAUUAUUCAAUUAAGAGAUAAAGUCAAAUAAUUACAAAAGGAGAAUUCUAUACUUCUAAAUUAAUAAUAAAAUAAUGAUUCUGAAAUGUAUAAAAUUAAGUUACAUGAAAUGAGAAUUGAUAAUUCAGAAUUGAAAUCAUAAAUUGAAUAAUUGAAAAAUGAAAUUUCUAAGUUGAAAUUACAAAAAGAUGAUGAUACAAGAUGGAAUGCAACUAAACAAAAAACAGAAACUAUAGACAGUGAUUAUGAAAAUGAUUUGUAAGAAAUCUCUUAAUUCAAAUUAAAAUAUGAAUAAUAAAUCAAAAAUCUUAAGAAAUAAGCUGAAGAGAAGAAAUUAUAGAAUUAACCUAAUACAAUGUAAAUUGAUGAAUUAAAAGAGAGUUAUGAAAAUAAAAUAAAAUUACUUUAAAAAUAAGUACAGUAAUUAUAAUAGUAAGAUAAUAUUGAGGAAAUAAGAGAUUUGAAAAUCUAAAACCAAUAAUUACAAAAAAAAUUAGAGAAAAUGAAAGAUGAAAAGAGUAAAAGUGAAUUAUUACAAUAAAAAAAUGAUGAAAUUGAUUUAUUAACUGAAUUGAAUGAAGAGCUGACCAAAGAAAACUAACGCCUAUCAAAACAGUUUAGAGAUUUGAAAUCUCAAAGUGGGACUUCUAGUGCUUAACAAAUAAAGGUGCUAGAAGAGUAAAACAAAUUAUUGGAAAUGAAAUUAGAAUAGUAUAAUUUAUUAAUAUAGGAAUUGAUGAUUAAUAUUAACAAAGUAAAACUUGAAAAGCAGAAGCAAUUAGAAUUUUCGGAUUUGAAAUUAAAAUAAAAAGAGGAUCUAGAAGAUGUCAAAAUGGUGGCAGAGAUAAGAACAGUAUAAACUCAAUUACUAAAGGGAAUGCUUAAAGAAAACUAAGCACAAUUGAGCGAUUUGAUAGCUGCUAUUACUCAAAUGCGUCAGAUCCUCGAAAAAUCAAAAACAUUAAAACUUUGA